GGUGUAACGGGCGGAGAGGUGCCAGUCUGAAAGUGCCAGCGGAGAGGGCGGGACUCCGCUGGUCACGAGGCCGUUACGGAUCGGUACAACGGAAGAGUCGCUACAGAUAUGGAAAUCUACAGUACACUAUCAGUACAUCAAUCAUAGCCAACAGUUGGGGGAAAUAUACAAAUCAGAAGACACCGGAAGACAAAGAUGGCGGCUAUUGUGGAGUAUAGCUACGUAUUCUAGGAAUCUGCCAUUCGGGGUAGAGGUUCCAGGUACAGUAACUCCUCCCGCCCACCAUUUUCCUCCCUUUCCACCGUCCGCGCUGGCACCUGUCUCGCCCCCAGUCAAACCCACUCGGUUCCGGCUGCCCUGCUGCACGUUUUCCUCUCCCUCCUCCCCCAUCCACUCCCAGCCUUGUCUUCUGUUUCUUCCUCUUUCCUGUCAUCCUAAAUUAUACUUCGGAGAAGCUCUAUGGACGUUUGUCUUUCCGCUCGAUCGCCCUACACUCCAGCGGCUCAACCCGCGCAUUCAAUCCUCCGCCCUCGGUCUUGACCGUCUCUCGCCGCCCAUCCUGCCCAGCCGGUCGCUCUCUCGGCCUAAUCCUUUUUUGCUCCUCGCCCAAUUUUCAUUCGGUGCUCGGAACGCCUGACGCGACCAGUAUAUACUUCUCGAGUGUCUACCGCCUCAUCCCUGUAUCCCGCUAUCACCAGCGAGCCAUUCCACCAUGGAGCCCCGCCCCGUGACGGCGGAACCGUCUAACAAACGGCCGCGGUCUCCUGGAGGCGACCACCCGCAAGCCCAUCAAUCCAAAAUGCCCAAGACACACUCGAAUCACCUCCAGAUCAACUAUCUCGCACGCCAGUACCCGGAUAAUCUACCUCUAGUCGCGCCGGACGAUACGAUGCCCGCGAUCAUCCACUUGAUUGGCGAAUAUGACGGAGUGCUUCAUCGCCAUGAAAGUAUUGCCGGAAACUUGGGCGCAUGUCCGCUGGGUCCGAUUCUGAUCAAACGCUUUGAGCGCUUGUUCGAUGGACCCCCGCGCGUGCUCAAGUCGCACGGCAAGGAUGGUCCCACCGUGACCUGGUUGGAUGUAGUCGAGUUCGCCAAGAACAAGCCCGAGCAGUUCAAUCUGGAAAAAUCGCGGAACGGUGUUCGGGUCUGCCAGUUUUAUACGAAACAGUGUCGAGUAGAGAUUAGUGAGGAGGACUUUGUGCUUAUUGCGUCGGGCAUGCCGCAGAAGAUGAUCCCUCCCCAACCUAUCAUUGAAGAUGAGGAGAAGGAGCUGGGUGCGCUGGAGAUUUUGGAGAAGAAUCUUCAACAAAUCAUUCAAAUGGCUGACCAAGUCUCCGCUCGAGCCCGUCAGCUAAGCUACCGUCUGAAGAACCGGCGCACGGCAAUUGUCAGUCGUCGCGAGAACGAUGCUUCUCUCAAUGCGCAAACGCGCGCUGCCGCUGCCGACGUCUGGCGUGACAUGAAAACCACCGGUCCUACAAACGGGCAGUCGGCUGCCUCCCCAUCGGGGUUUGUGGCAGUUAAUGCAAACCGCCCAGAAGGCGAGUCGGAGGAAGCCCCGCUUCCAUCGCAGUUUAUGUUCUCGCAUUCGAAUACGGAAAAUAUCACCAUUAUCAAUGGAACCUCGAUCAAGGGCGCAUCACCCACGACGCGAGCGGAUCUGAUGAAGAAGUUUUUCACAACGGCUGACCGUCAAGCUCGUGGCUAUGACGAAGUCACCGGUACGACCAAUCCGAUCCAACCUCGACCUCGACCUCAAGCCUCCGAUCCAGCGGACUAUAGCAUCUGGAACAGUACCAACAACGGCUGCGCCAGCGGCGGCAAUGACACCGGCACUGCCCCAGGAAGCGGCAACAACACCAGCAACAACAUUCUCAAUAACAGUACGACGCCGGUCGCCAUCCCUGGAACUCCGUCCUCAUUGCUACCACCACCAAAAACUACCCCACAGGAAAAGGACGAUGGGGGCCCCUACAAGCUGGAGAUGGUUGCGCGGAUGGAGGAGCUUCAGCGCGGCGAGCGCGUCAACCCACCCUGUGACCGAUGUCGCCGCCUUCACAUGGACUGCCUCAAAAACCUGACUGCCUGUAUGGGCUGCACCAAGAAGCACGCCAAAUGCUCCUGGCGCGACGUCAAAGAAGACGAAAUACGAGCCCCAUGGGGUCCAUCAGCACUCCGCGAGCCUCGAGAAAUCCGCGAGUCCCACGAGCGCAUGGAAGACGACCGCCUCCCCCCUCUCAAUCUACCGGGUCUCGUGCCCUCCCAGGGCGCCCCAAUCUCCGCCGAACGAGAGCGAUACGGACGAUUAGACCGCCCAGCCCGGCUCUCCGAGACCCCCAGCGACCCGCAAUACUCCCAGCACAACCGCCACGAGUCUGCGCCCGGUGCGCCUCACUUUAGCCCCGGCUCGGGCGCGUCGAUGGGUCUGCCUGCGUCUGAGAGAUCACCCCGCCGCGCCGUGAGCGAGACGGAGGGUGGUAGUCGUGGACUGCAGCAUGGGCCCCCGCCUCCUCGACAUGCGGAGGAUGAUGAUCCGGAUGCGAAUCAGCGACUGAUGCAGGCUAUUCUUGAUACGGUGGAUCACCACGCACGGGUGGCGGCUGCCGUGCAGGAAAAGGAGCGCGGUGCCGAGCGUGCUGGGGAGAGUCAGUCGAACCCUCAUAAGGAGCGGGAUGUCGAGCGUGAGCGUAAGCGUGAACGGGAAAGGGAGCGCGAACGUGAGCGCGAUCGCGAUCGAGACCGGGACCAUGAGCGGCGCAUGGUGCAGGCUUAAAUGUCUCGGUGUGCUUCGCCCGAUAUGUACUAUGUCUUUUUCAUGUUUUCAUCCUUAUAUUGCGACAUGGCUUUUCUCCUCUUUAUUGUAUAGCUGUGAGCGACGGCGAACCGGGAAUGGGGUUAGGGAGUUGCGAUUUUCAUUUGAGCGUAUAUAAUUCUUAUAUAUCCAUGAUCCUCUUCUGUGUUUUAGUUGCUAUGAUAGCAAAUGCAUCAUUAAUCCAGUGUGACUGACCGUUCCAUCUUGAAAUAUCGGCAGUUCCAUCUCUC